CUGGAACCAUUCUCCCUGCACAUAGCCUCAUCAGCGUAGCAAUAAUGCCAGCAACAGCUGUGCUUCCCCCGCUUCAGCUCCCAAACAGCCGUCAUGUCUCCCCAACCCCGCGCAGCUUCUACGACCGCCCUGUACGGAAAGUAAAUGCAUUCCCUAGCAACUCCAUCGCGGACGGACCCACAAUGACUGCUCCAGCCGGCGCAGAUGCAGCAGCACACACCUCCUUCCCUUUCCGCCUCCCCGAUCUCUCCGCCUCCUUCAAAAUGCGAUCCGCGCUGCAAGAUUUGCACCGCCGCGAUCCCGCCGCGCCCAUGACACGAGUCGUCGUCGCCAACUUCUGCCACGUUAAACUCCCGCCUCGUGGCGGAUCGCUUGAACCGAGCGCCAAAAGCAGGGAUGCGUCCAGAGUUGAGAAAAUAUAUUGGGAGAGGGACGAGGAAGCGGGUGGUGCAGAGGAUGAGGAGGUGGAUACUGGGCGGAGAUCGAGGAAAGGGCAUGGGAGGAGGAGUGAGGGGGUUAGGUUUGCGGCUGGCUCGAAGAGAGGACGUGGGGCUGCGGGGGUGCGGGCGGCGGCGAGGGGUGGGAAGGUUGGGAAACUCAUGAGUGCGCCAGUGGAGAAGAAGAGGGAGGUGAAGACGCCGACGAAAUCUAGUGUGGCUGCUGUGAAAGACGAAACAACACGCCAAAGGACCCAGACAAAGACAGUCGUCCCUCCGAAACUUCCAUCACAAGCCGCCAAACCACCGUCGGGAACGCCUCCCACCACCACAACACCUCCGCAAGGACCGGCCCCCGACACCAGCACACCCCGCUCCGCACAUCUCCCCACCCCAGGCUCCCCAAUGGCACGCACCACCCACUCCCGCCCGGCCUCCACCAGCCGCCACUCCUUCCUCCGCCGCAAAAACCCCUCCAGCGCCAGCGCCGCCAACUCCACCACAACACCCCCUCACCACCGCAGGCGCCACGCCCCCCAGGCUCCCCAAGACCAAAACUACCUGAUCCACCUGCACACCCCAACCCACACCCUCCACCUCGCCUCCCUCCACCGUCUCUCCACCACCUUCCUCUCCCGCGGCCUGCACAUCCCUCUCGCAAUCCUCCACCGCGCGUUCGUGGGGCCAGAGGAGAUCUACCGCCUCCCGCCCGCGCCGCGCACGUACCACUACCUCCAUCUCCGCCGCGGGCGGUCGCGGGAGAAGGAGGACGGGGUGGAGCUCGCGGACGACGACGACGACGAUCCCGGCGAUGCGUGGCGGUUACAGACGCAGCAGCGGAAACCCCCGCAUCGCCGGAGUCUGCUCGUCCGCCCGGCGCCGGCGCCCAUGUGGGUCCCCGAACAGUCGACGGUGAGUAGCGCCGACCCGGGGGGAUCGGAGGGCGACGUGAGGGGCGACGGGCUGGCAGCCAAGAUCGAUUGUUGGUGGACGAUGAAGGAUGUGAAAGCGAUCCGGGCGGAUCUCAGGAGGCGGAGGGAGGAGAGGAGGGUUGCGCGACGUGCGGGGGGUGGGGUGGUGGUGGGCAGGAUCAGUGUGGGGAGGCGGUCGGUGUUUGGCGGACCCGGUGGAGGGGGGGGACAUCCCCUGGGAUUCGGGGCACGCACCGAUCGAUUCGGGGACGUUGUCGGCGCUGCCGGGCCGUCCUCGUCCCGUCCGACAACCCAGGAAACAGGCAAACGCAACAGACUGUGGACCCCCGGUACAACCUCCACCCCACCCUCCCGCCCGCACACCCGCGACUCCGGCACCCUGAUGCACCGGCUAACCCUCAGCUCCCGCUCCCGUCACCGCCUGCGCCGCCGGAAAUCCAGAUCCUCUCCCAACACCAACCACGACCCGAUCGUUCCACGACCCUGGUCGGACCAAAGCGACAUCCGCCAGAGCCACAAAGCCGCGCUCAACAUGCCCGGCCACGGCGACCCGCGCGAAAUGUCCUCCCGCCCGUGGUCGGAGCAGUCCUCCCCCCUCGGCCGCCCCGCACAUAGCCCGCUGACCGCCAAAGCCUAUUUCGAGCGACGGGUGAGGGACGUGGCGGCCGUGGAGCCGUUUUUCCUCCCCGGUCGUGGAGAAACCGACAGACCGCGGUCGGCGGCGCGCAGCGUGUUCAGUGAUACCGGGAGUGAUGUGGUGACGAGGCCGGCGGCGUUGUCGAGUAGCCCGGCGCCGACGAGGCCCCUGUGGCAGGUCAUUGUCGACAUGGACGCGUACAGUCCUUAA